CUACAGUCUCAGUCGAUUCUUUCCUUUCACCAUAUAUAAUACACACGUUUAAAAAAAAUGGAGCGCCCUACGCCGCGUGUAACUAGUGACAUGCUUGGCGAAUGUGCCGGCAGAACUGUCAGGAUCGUUGGAAAAGUCAUUCGAGUGAGUGAUCGCGCCGCACAGGUGGAUUGCAAUGGUCAACCUUUUGAAAUGAACCUUACGGUGGAUAAUAAUUUGGAGACUAUGCACUUUUACGAAUUUGUGGUCUCUGUAAAGCAUGAUAGUUCUGUACAACUGCUUACUUGCGUCGACUUUGGUACAAGCAUAGAUAUGGAUGCGUACAAGAAUCUUGUUCAAUUUAGCAACAAGUAUAAAUCGUUAUUCUACGAAUAGAUACCUUCCUAUAAUUAGGAAGUCUUCUUUUUCCAUCAAAUUCAAGAGAACUUAGACGUUUUGACACCGGUCAACCUUUGUCGCAGCCCGUCUUCGAGUUACUCAAAACACCACAUCUAGUCAUGUACGAACGAUCUUUUUAUACCUUUUCAUUCUUGAAAAAUUUUUUAAUGAUCAAAUAUUCAUUUCUUAUUGCUGUCAGGAAUUGUUGUUUAAGGAGUUGGAACGACAUCCAGCGUGCUUACUCUCCGGGUACGGAGCCUAAAGUUUACCGUCUUUUCCUAAAACACUACCCACAAUAGCUACUUAGUAAGCUCUAUCCAACUACCAUACACGGUUGUGUUUUCUG